UCCACAGAAGCUUUGGAAUUCAUGAAACGAGACCUGGCUGAGUUCACUCAAGUAGUGCAGCAUGACACGGCCUGCACUAUCGCUGCUACGGCCAGUGUGGUCAAGGACAAGCUGGCAAGGACAGAAGGUUCCUCAGGUGCGACUGAAAAGGUGAGGAAAGGGCUCUCUGACUUCCUGGGUGUCAUCUCGGACACAUUUGCUCCCUCGCCAGAUAAGACCAUUGACUGCGAUGUCAUAACACUGAUGGCAACACCCACAGGUACCACAGAGCCCUAUGACAGUGCCAAGGCACGCCUCUACAGCCUCCAGUCAGACCCAGCCACCUACUGCAACGAACCUGAUGGCCCUGCUGAGCUCCUGGAGGCCUGGCUCUCUCAGUUUAACCUAGAGGAGAAGAAAGGGGAGAUCGCGGAGCUGCUGGCAACCAGCCCUUCCAUCCGGGCUCUCUACACCAAAAUGGUCCCUGUGGCUGUUUCCCAUUCUGAAUUCUGGCAGCGCUACUUCUAUAAAGUGCAUCGCCUGGAGCAGGAUGAAGCCCGGAGGGAGGCUCUGAAGCAGCGAGCAGAGCAGAGCAUUCACCAAGAGGAGCCAGGCUGGGAAGAGGAUGAAGAGGAGUUCUUGGGGAUGUCACCCCUGCCUUGUGCAAACGUGAAAUUUCCAGAAGCAGCAGAGAAAGAAUCUGCCCCUGCAGCCUUGGAGGGAAGCCACCCCACUGCUCACAAGGGACCCUCAGAGGAAAGCUGGGCCGUCCUCCCUCCAGAGCUGGUCCCAGCAGAGGGGAGCCCCUCUGAGAGCAGUGAGAGCAUCUCCCUUGUGACUCAGAUUGCAAACCCUGCCUCUGUGCCUGCUGCACAGCUACAGACUGGAGCACAACCAGCUGGGACCGGAGACCUCUCCCAGAGGCUGCUGGAGGCCACCUCAGAAGAGCAGAGCUCCCUGCCAAAGCCCCCAGAAUCUGGUCAUCUUUCUGCACCUGCCCAGGAGUCAGCAGCAUCCUCAGAGCAAGCGGCUGUUACAGAGCUCAAAGAGGUGGAGAGCAAAGCCCAGAGCAGGACAGAGACUCUGAAAGAGGAAGGACCAACAGAUCUACGAGUCUUUGAGCUGAACUCGGAUAGUGGGAAAUCCACUCCCUCCAACAAUGGCAAGAAAGGCUCCAGCACUGACAUCAGUGAGGACUGGGAAAAGGACUUUGAUUUGGACAUGACUGAAGAGGAGGUGCAGCUGGCGCUCUCAAAGGUGGAAGUGUCUGGGGAGCUGGAAGAUGAAGAGUGGGAAGACUGGGAAUAAAGCCGACUGCUUCCAGUGUGUGUCACAGACUCAUUUCCACCAUCGAAUGUGAAUUAAAUCAUGGACCGGCUGUUCCUUUGUGUGUAACUGUGCUGGAGAUUGCAGUUCCAGGCUGGAGGGGGUUCCUUCCU